CAGCAUCCAGCAGGUUCUGUCUCACUGCAUCCUGUCCUGCUGCAGCUGCUUCUCUUUCUCUCUCUCUAUCUCUUCUUCUCUCUCUUUUUCUUAAUAUCUCGAUAUCCCUCUUUCGCUCACACUUGUUCUCUCUCUCUCUUUCUUUCACACUGAAUCCACUGCUUCCUCUGUCAGUGGUACCCUAGUGUGUGCUUCUGUCUGUCUGAGUGCAGAACAUCACUGCGUAAUCCUCUCUCUCUCUGUCUCUUUCUCUCUCUCUAUUGCACAUUCUCUCUCUCUCUCUCUUCCGCUAGCUCUCUCACUCGCUCGCUCUCUCGCUCACAUCCUCCAUCACUGAGACUCCCUCUCUCACUCACACACUCCCUAUUCGCACACACACACUCACACACUAGCCAGCGAGCAGCCUCCCGCAUCCAGCAUCCAGCAUCCAGCAUCUAGCAUCUAGCAUCAGCACCACCACACACAGCGUCCAGCAUGGAUGUACUAAUGAAGGGUUUUUCCAUGGCCAAGGAGGGAGUGGUGGCCGCGGCCGAGAAGACCAAGGCUGGGGUGGAGGAGGCAGCGAUGAAGACCAAAGAGGGGGUCAUGUAUGUGGGAAAUAAGACAAAGGAGGGAGUUGUAUCAGGCGUCAACACAGUGGCAAACAGGACCACAGAUCAGGCGAACAUAGUGGGAGACACAGCGGUGGCGAGCGGUAAUGAACUGGGGCAGAAGACGGUGGAGGGAGUGGAGAACGUGGCUGCAUCAACCGGCAUGGUCAAUCCGGACGAGCCUGUAUAUGAGGCUGACUUCUCCCAUGGCGGAAUGGAGGGUGGAGAUGGCGGGCAGGGUUAUUAGGCCAGAGGCUGGAUCUUCUCUCUGACCUCAGACCGCCCCCCCUCCAGAGACCCUGCUCCCGUCGCCUCAUGCCACACACACUUCAUAUAUUUUUUGUGACAGUACGGAAAACCAAAUCGGAAACAGACUUUCCCCGGCCCUCACGCCCGUGUCGUUUGCUCUGUGUGUAGUGCUCCCUUUUCCCCACUGCUCCAGUGUUGGUGUCCUCAUGCUGCUGCUGUCUUAGUGCUGUCACCCCUCCCCUCCCCACCCUGACCUUGCCUCUUCACUAAAAACACUACAUAUACACUACACACACACACACACCCAAAUAUAUGCACACACAUAUAUACACACACAUAUAUACACACACAAACACUGAGCAGUAACUGAAUAAAAGAAUGAAGAUGGUUAUAAGUUAGUGGCUUCCUAGCCUCAGAAAAUAGAAAGAAGAGUAACAAUGGACAAAUGGUGGUCAAUGUUUGUUGCCAAUACAUUACAUUUCAUUUCAUUUGGGAGAACGUAAUGAAUUUAUGGUCUUUACGAGGCCUAAAAUGCAUUUGAAAAAUGUCACAUUCGAAAAUGCGACAUUUCAAAAUGAUUGCAUUUGAAAUACAGUAUGUUGAAUUGGAGAAAUGUUACAUUCCAAAAAAAGGUUGGAUUUGAAAAAAGUUGCAUUAGAAUAAUUAUGCAUUGUAAAAAUGUUCAAUUUGAAAAAUGUUGCAAUGGAAAAAUGUUGCAUUCAAAAACGUCACAAUUGAAAAAUGUAUUCAAAAACAUUGCAUUUGAAAAAUGUAACUUUGAAAAAUUAUGCAUUAAAAUAAGUUGCAUUCUGAAAAUAUUGCAUUGGAAAACUCUUAAAUUGAAAAAUUGUUGCAUUGAAAAAUGUUGAAUUGGUAAAAUGUCACAUAUGAAAAAUGUUGCAUUUGAAAAAAUGAUGCAUUGAAAAAUGUUGCAUUCGGAAAAUUCCACUUUAAAAAAAUGAUGUAUUGAAAAAUGUUGCAUUCGGAAAAUGCCACUUUAAAAAAGAAACGAUGCAUUCGAAAAAUGUAACUUUAAAAAAUUAUGCAUUGAAAAAAGUUGCAUUCGGAAAAUAUUGCAUUGGAAAACUUUUAAAUUGAAAAAUUGUUGCAUUGAAAAAUGUUGAAUUGGUAAAAUGUCACAAAUGAAAAAUGUUGCAUUUGAAAAAAUGAUGCAUUGAAAAAUGCUGCAUUCGGAAAAUGCCACUUAAAAAAAAACGAUGCAUUGAAAAAUGUUGCAUUCGAAAAUGUCACAUUUGAAAAGUGUUACACUGGAGAAAUGUCUCACCCAAAAAAAAUGUCGCGUCCUGAAAAUGUUGUCGUUAACGUUGCAGCGUAUGCAGUAAUGAGGCGUGUUUACCCUCAGAUACUUUACAUUCCUUUAGCCUGCAGGUGACAGAACUGGAGUUAAUGUGUGCUUGAUCUCUUUCUCUCUAAUAGUAGCUUUAGUCCAGGUUUAGUAGAGAAUUCUAUCAGUUGGUAUUUAUUUGCGCCAUCCGAGAUGUAUACCACGUAUACCGCUCUCUGACUCUCUGUAUACAUAUCUAUAUCAUGUAUCUACAUAUCUAUCUAUCUAUCUGUCGGUCUUUGUGUAGCGGUGACAGGCUUGCAUUGACGUAUUUCUUAUUUGCUCAUCCUUUUACAUACAGUAUAUAAAUAUAUAUAUAUAAUAUAGAGUAUACAGUUGUGAUGAGGCAAGCGUUGAUCAGCUAGGUUUAUUAAUUCAAAAUAAGCAAUAUUUUCAGGAUAUAUGAUUAUUUCUCCUGUUUGUGUACGGAGCAUAAAUGUAGGAACGUGGAUUUUGAGGAGGUGGAGAUGCGGUUUGAGGGCGGAAGGGAGAAAAUGAAGUAAAAUAAGAAGAAAACGAAUAAUAAUAAAACACACCCCAUCCAUGUUCUUGUGUUUAUUCUGUUGCGAUGCAUGUCGUGCAUUUGGUGUGCCAGCGUAUCAGAGAUUUAUAAUGCCUGCAAUGUGAAGCAAUAGCCCUACCAUUGCAUCCAGUUUUGGCAAUGGUCUGUUCCGUAGCAAUCUGCAGAUGAGUCUCUAGCACUGUGUUUUAUCAUGAGAAUGUGAAGAAGUGUAGAUAUAUCUGCCAAUCAGAAGAAUGUCUCGAGCCCCACUGACCCGUUAAUUCCUCUCACACGCCCACCAGAACCCGCCCCCUCUUCAGCCUGUCAAUCAGCAGUGUCCCGCCCACCCCCACACUCUGAAGCCAACGGGAUCUGAAGACUGCAUGUUGCCUUAUCAGCACUCCGAUAUACUCACAAUUACACACACACAUAUAUAUGCACACAUACAUACAUAGACAUGUAUCUGAUACACACACACACACGCACACACACACACACGCCAAGUCAGAUGUUUCCCUCACACACACACACACACACACAUACUGAUACACAAAUGCGCCCCCAAAACGAUUAAGUUGGCAUCAAAGCAGAAAAGCUGGUUUUAUAAACAGUACAAAUGAAUAAAUAAAGUUUUGUUGAAAUCUAAUCAAA